UACAAUGUCCGAAAUUAGUUGCAAUUCAACGAAGUACUGUCAUUGUGGUGAAAUUAAUCGUUUUUUCAUUUUGAAAAUACCUUCAAAUCCUGGUAGGAAAUUCUGUAAGUGUCCUAAACCUAAGGCUAAAAAUUGUGGUUUUUGGGAGUGGCCAGAUAAUUUUUCGGACAAUACUUUGUCGGAAAUAAGUGAUUUGAAGGGUAAAUUGGAAGUGGCUACUGUGAAAAUUGACAAUUUAAGAGAGUCGUUGGAUGCGAUUAGGCUUGAAAGAGACAACUUGAAGAAAAAGGUGGAUAACUUGGAGGCUAUAAACAACUCUCAAGUGAAUAAAUCAAGGAAAUUGGAAGAGAAGAUAUUGAAGUUGAAGAUGUUGUUUAUGAUUUCAUUGGCUGUAUUAGUUGGAUUUUUUUGUUGCUAAUUUGGGAUGAAUAAUGCUUGGUCUAGUAGUAGAAGUGAAAGGCUUGUUUAGGUAGAUGAUGAUGCUUGUUUUGGCAGAUGAUGAUGUUUAGGAGUAGAAUUGU